UGGAGACAUUCAAAAGCCACCUGGACAGAAUCCUAAUCUGCUUGAGCCGUGGAGCUGGAGUAGACAAUGCCACUGGGGUCACUUCCAGCCUUACCAUCCUGUGAUCCUGUGAUUUAAAAGUAUGACUGGAGCAAUUCUAAAAGCAAUACUAAAAUAGAGUUAGCCGCGGCAUGGUUGGUGCCCUAAUUAAAAUUUAAAUGCAGAUCUUUAUGAGCAGAAGGUAGAACAGCAAUCAACACCACGCUUUAACACAGACGGCAGAAAUUACUGUUUCUAUUAAAUUCGCGUGUGUUGCUGAGGGGCAAACGGUGAAUACCGUGCUGGGGAUCGCUGGGCAGGAAACGCCCGACCAGAGAGAAGCCUUAGACAAAGAGGGUCUAGGAGAUGAUCAGGUAACUUCACCACAAGCUGGGAUGGAAAUUCUAUGAUGCAGACGAUUAUCAUCCUCCAGAGAAUAAAAAGAAAAUGGCAGGAGGGAUACCACUAAAUGAUGAGGACAGGAUUCCUUGGCUUUGUACACUGCACAAUAUACUAAGGAGAGAAGACUUAUCUAGACAAGAUGCAGUUCUGGCCUGUUCUGCACUGAAGAAGAUGUAUAGGCGUGUAUUAGUUAAUGGAGCAUCUGCAAUUGAACCAGAGCAACCAGGAGAAAAACCACCACUAAAAAUCCUCUUUGUUCAUUUGGAUGGGCCUAUAGACGUCAUUGCGGGGCGCCUGGAGAAGCGGAGAGGUCAUUUUAUGCCACCUGAACUUCUCAAGUCUCAGUUUGAUACUCUGGAGCCUCCUAGUGCACCAGAGAACUUCAUUACUGUCAGUCUAGAAAAACCCUUCCCUGAAAUAGUGCUAGAGAUUGAGCGCGCCAUUCUUCAGGGUGAGGCAUUGGUGGAGUAAUUUUCUGAAUGACACAUAUAGAAAUUCCCUUGAAGAUAUCAAGGUUAUGAAAGAGGAUUUUAAUUAUUAAAUUGAUUAUUAAAUCAACUUAUUAUUCAUUAUACUUAAAUGGACUGCAAUAUUAAGAGCUGGUUUACUACUCUUGGGUUUUUUUCAUCAGGGCUCUGUAAAAGACAUAAAAGGUAUAAUUUUCAAGAAGUUUCAACUUUUUAAACUCUUCACUGUAUGUAGUCAAAACUCCCAUUCUAGUAAGAGCCUGCUUUUGAAAAUCCUACCAAGGGUCACAGAGAAUAAUUUAUUUUCUUAAUUUUAAUAUUUACUCCUUCAAGACAUGGAGAUGGGCACAUCUGCUAUUACGAGACUAAGUAAUUUACAGCUUUGCUAGAAACAAUAUAUUUUUCUAGAAGAGGCAGGAACAUGCAUAAUGAAGUUCCUGACACUACCACUGUCUCACUGCCAAAUUUUCAACAAGUUGCAGCCUCUGCGUUUAUGACCUCGCUGACCUCACCAGAGCACCGAUGACUUCAUGAGAACUUUCAUGAACUCUUACUGUAUGCACUGAAAACCAAGGUAAAAAAUGUGAGAAAAAAAAGGCAGUGGUGGUGAUGCAAUAUACAAAAUACAAUUGUAUGGAUAACUUUGGAAAUAAAGUGUAAGUGGCAUCAUGCUGGCUCUGAA